AUGAUCCGACUGGCCGACGGUACUGAGAUUGCCGCGAUCGGGGAGGUGCAGUUGACCUUGCACUGUGGAGGCAAGACUGCUCGAGGCAGGUUCGUAGUUUUGGCUGCCGCUGGUGGCGAGGUGUUUCUGGGGUUGCACACUAUGCAGAAAGUCUGGCCGGAGCGUUGGUCGUGGUGGACCGACGAGGUUUCCACGGAACCUGUGGCUUUCUGGCAGCCGGCCCGCACCGCGGGACCAGAGAACCCCUCGUACGCCGUGGUACUGCGGUCCGCCGGGGAAGUCGACGAGAUGCGGACUCAGCAGGCUGACAUCGAGGAGUGGGUGCUGGGCGCACUCAAGUCAGGACUCACCACCGAGACGCAUGUUGAUCAGUGA